AUGGCCGCGGACGACACCUCGAAGCCGGCCAAUUCCCAGCGUCACGACCGCUCUGCAAGCGACAGCAGCAUCUUGUACCUCAGCAUCGCCUCGUCUCUCGUCUCUCCUGCGACUUUCUUCCGCCGCCGCCCGUUUCUCGAUCUCCGUCAGGCAGCCUCUUCCUCCCGCCCCUCAGCAGCCCGCGCCGCCAUGGACAAGCGGCACCAGCCCAGCUCAUUCCAGCAGCUCGAGAAGCUCGGAGAAGGAACCUAUGCUACAGUAUUCAAAGGACGGAAUAGACAGACAGGCGAGAUGGUUGCGCUCAAGGAGAUACACCUGGACUCGGAAGAAGGCACCCCUUCCACCGCCAUCAGAGAGAUCUCGCUCAUGAAGGAGCUCAAGCACGAGAACAUCGUCGGCCUGCACGACGUCAUCCACACCGAGAACAAGCUGAUGCUCGUCUUCGAGUACAUGGACAAGGACCUGAAGAAGUACAUGGACGUCCGGGGAGACCGCGGCCAGCUCGACUACGUUACCAUCAAGUCCUUCAUGCACCAGCUCAUGCGCGGCAUCGCCUUCUGCCACGACAACCGGGUCCUGCACCGAGACCUCAAGCCCCAGAACCUCCUGAUCAACAACAAGGGACAGCUCAAGCUCGCUGAUUUCGGUCUUGCGAGAGCCUUUGGCAUCCCCGUCAACACCUUCUCCAACGAGGUCGUCACCCUCUGGUACAGGGCGCCGGACGUCCUCCUCGGCAGCAGGACAUACAAUACCAGCAUCGACAUCUGGUCCGCCGGCUGCAUCAUGGCCGAGAUGUACACCGGCCGCCCUCUGUUCCCCGGCACCACCAACGAGGACCAGCUGCAGAAGAUCUUCAGGCUGAUGGGUACCCCGUCCGAACGGUCCUGGCCCGGCAUCUCGCAGUUCCCCGAGUACAAGCCCAACUUCCACGUCUACGCAACGCAGGACUUGCGUCUGAUUCUGCCUCAGAUCGACCAGCUGGGCCUGGAUCUGCUGAGCAGGAUGCUCCAGCUACGGCCCGAGAUGCGUAUCAGUGCCGCAGAGGCCCUUCGACAUCCUUGGUUCAACGACUUGAACCAGCUGCAGGCUCAGCAGGCUCAGCACCAGGCCCAGCAGCAGGCUCAGAUGGCAGCCGGAUACCCUGCCCCUGGCAUCGUCUCUCAGAACUACUAA